AUGGAGGAACUGGAAAACAGGUUUGGUGCGAACCUACAACUUUCGGACAAGGAGCUACAAGGCGUGGCGAUCGGCGAAGAUGAGAUUGCUACGGUGAUGCGGGGCUCUUGUUUUACCCUUGUCGCACGCGUUCUCACGGCCAGAGCUGUACACCAGGAUAGCUUUGUGGAGGCUUUCAAGAGGCUGUGGAAAGGCACCGAUGAGGUUUCAAUCAGGGAGAUUGAUGAUAGCUGGUUCUUGGUUCGCUUCACCAACCAACGUGACAUGCAUAGGGUCUUGGACAUGGAACCGUGGACUUUCAAAGAAUCACUCGUCCUUCUGGCUGAGGUGCGGACCAGCCUCGACGCCAGAUCUGUUAACCUUACGUUGGGCACCUUUUGGGUGCAACUCCAUGGAUUACUAUCACUGACCAUGACAGCUGCGGUUGCUCGGAAAAUUGGGUCUUUGAUCGAGCGAGUUAUCGAAGUUGAGCAGACGGGGGAUGAAGACUGCAUUGGGCAUUUUCUAAGGGUACGUAUACGCAUCGAUGUGUUGCAAGCUCUUAUGCGUGGAGCCUUUGUGGAUUUUCCUAAGGAAGGGUCGAGGUGGAUUGAUUUCCGAUAUGAGUUCAUACCUGAGUACUGUUUGCUAUGUGGUUGCUUAGGUCAUCCAAGUCGAGUAUGUGCAGAACUUGCGGAAACUACCGAGCACUCUGACAGGCAGAGAGAGGAAAGAAAAUUGGCUUUUAGGGGAUUAGAAGCUGAGAUAGACUUAAAGGGGAGGAAACUGAAGUCGAUGGAGAGGCGAUCCCAAAGGAGUAAUAUGAAUAGUCAACUUAUGAGAAAAGGCAGUGAUAGCGUACGGUGA